CAGAUGAGUGCAGGUAUUGAAUGAAUCGGGAAGCGACAUUGAAGUCGUCCUGUUAUUAAUUAUUGAAUUAGUGAUUAAGCAACAAUGUAUUCGGUUCAGCAUCUGAGAGAGUUUGUCAACGAGCGGCUAACUGCUGCUGCUGAAGAAAUAUUCACAGUUUUUAAAAAGACGAUCGUGGAGUUCGAGGAAGAGAUCAACCGUCAGCGAAAACUGCUGGAUGUCGUUUGGAAACCCGAAAUUAAAUUGCACAGGAUAGAGCUCCCACAGCAACAUGUCUGUAAGGAGGAAGAGGAGGAGGUUGUGGCUGAACAGCAGCUCUGUAACCCGGACAGAAACUCCAGUCCAGACCAAGAGGACCCAGAACCUCCACAGAUGAAAGAGGAACAGGAGGAAGUCUGCAACAGUCAGGAGGGAGAGCAGCUUGUACUGAAGCAGGAGACCGAUACCUUCAUGUUGACCCCUACUUGUGAGGAAAGUGACCACCAGCUCAUGUCCCACACCUGUCAUGGAGCUGAGAGCCAAGAUCAGAAAGGAGGCAGCCAUGAAGAUUCAGGAUCAGCUAGAAAUGCAGAGCCAAAAGCAAAGAAAAGAAAUCAGAAACGGAAACAUGGCGGUAACAAUAUACACAACCCUAACUUGUCAGAGAUUGACAGUGAUACUCAGAGAGUUGAAAAGUGUUUCAAGUGUGGCACAUGUGGGAAAGCUUUUAAAUAUAAGUCCCGAUUAGAUGUACAUUUGAGAAGACACACAGGUGAGAAGCCGCACGUGUGCAACACCUGUGGGAAAAGAUUCCUUUGGGCAUCGGGAUUGAACGCUCAUACAAAAAUCCAUACAGGUGAGAAGCCGUAUGUUUGCAACACCUGUGGGAAAACAUUCUCUUGGGCAUCGGGAUUGAACGCUCAUUUAAAAAGUCAUAGAAGUGAGAAACCAUAUCCGUGUAACACCUGUGGGAAAAGAUUCAAGCAAAUGUCAGCAUUGAAAACUCAUGUAAGGAUCCAUACAGGUGAGAGGCCAUAUUUGUGCAACACCUGUGGGAAACGAUUCAGUGACGUGUCAACAUUGAUCUGUCACAGAAGAAUCCAUACGGGUGAGAUGCCAUAUUCAUGCAACACCUGUGGGAAAAGAUUCAGUCAGCUGUCAGGAUUGAACACUCAUGUAAUAACCCACACAGGUGAGAAGCCAUAUUUGUGCCACACCUGUGGGAAAAGAUUCAUUCACAUGUCAAAAUUAAAAAGACAUAUCAGGACGCACACAGGUGAGAAGCGGUUAACACCCGAAACAUCGGAGGGUUUUCAGACUUAAUGGCGCCUCCAUUGUCAGUCAUAAAGAAGUCACACACACUCACCGGCCACUUUAUUAGGUACACCUGUCCAACUGCUUGUUAGCACAAAUUUCUAAUCAGCCAAUCACAUGGCGGCGACUCAAUGCAUUUAGGCAUGUAGACAUGGUUAAGACGAUCUGCUGCAGUUCAAACCGAGCAUCAGAAUGGGGAAGAAAGGUAAUUUAAGUGACUGAACGUGGCAUGGUUGUUGGUGCCAGACGGGCUGGUCUACUGGGAUCUUCACGCAAAACCAUCUCUAAGGUUUACAGAGAAUGGUCCGAAAAAGAGAAAAUAUCUAGUGAGCGGCAGUUCUGUGGGCGAAAAUGCCUUGUUGAUGCCAGAGGUCAGAGGAGAAUGGCCAGACUGGUUUGAGCUGAUAGAAAGGCAACAGUCACUCAAAUAACCACUAGUUACAACCGAGGUAUGCAGAAGAGCAUCUCUGAACGCACAACAUGACGAACCUUGAGGCAAAUGGGUUACAGCGGCAGAAGACCACACCGCAUGCCGCUCCUGUCAGCUAAUGACAGGAAACUGAGGCUACAAUUCGCACAGACUCACUAAAAUUGGACAAUAGAAGAUUGGAAAACGUUGGCUGGUCUGAUGAGUCUCGAUUUCUGCUGCGACAUUCAGAUGGUAGGCUCAGAAUUUGGCGUCAACAACAUGAAAGCAUGGAUCCAUCCUGCCUUGUAUCAACGGUUCAGGCUGCUGCUGGUGGUGUAAUGGUGUGGGGGAUAUUUUCUUGGCACACUUUGGGCCCCUUCGUACCAAUUGAGCAUAAUUUCAAUGCCACAGCCUACCUGGGUAUUGUUGCUGACCAUGUCCAUCCCUUUAUGACCACAGUGUACCCAUCUUCUGAUGGCUACUUCCAGCAGGAUAACGCACCAUGUCAUAAAGCUGA